GAAAAUGUAAAAAACCCAAACCACCCAAAAAUCUGAGCUCAACAGAAAUUCAAAAAGAAAAAAGUGGAAAAUAAAAAUGACAAAAUAAACACCUGCGUUCUCUCAUAUCCCCCAGUUUCUGCAUCCGCAUUGGCUUCUCUCCAUGGAAACCAUUCUUUCUCCUCACUCUUUCUCUCCUCUGUUCAACCCAAAAUCUUCCUCUUCAAAGACCCUCUCGUCUUCUUCUUCACAACCCAGAUCAAGUUCUCUCCUCCUCACCAAACCCAUCACUUGCAGCCUCAAACAAGCAGCUUUCCAAUCCGUAAAACCAUCUUUUCCAAUACCCAAAAGCUGGUUUUCUCAUGUUCACCAUGGAUUGGCAGCUGUAGUUCUCUCUCUGACGCUAAAUUUUUUCCCAGUUUUGCCAAGUGAUUCUGCAUUAGCAUCUGAAUUUGAUAUCCUAUAUGAGGGGCCGACGAAAGAAUCGUAUGUCGUGGACGACGCUGGCGUACUUAGCCGGGUGACGAAAUCCGACUUGAAGCAGUUGCUGUCAGAUUUGGAGUCAAGAAAAAAUCUCCACAUCAAUUUCAUCACUGUUCGAAAGCUUACUAGCAAAGCAGAUGCUUUUGAGUAUGCAGACCAAGUUUUGGAGCGUUGGUAUCCCACUGUUGAGGAAGGCAACAACAAGGGUAUUGUAGUGCUUGUUACAAGUCAGAAAGAAGGAGCUAUCACUGGAGGUCCUGGCUUUAUCCAAGCUGUUGGAGAGGGUGUCCUGGACUCCACUGUGUCUGAGAACCUUCCUGUUUUGGCUACAGACGAGAAGUACAAUGAAGCAAUUUUUAGCAGUGCCAAGCGGCUGGUUGCUGCCAUUGAUGGUCUUCCAGAUCCUGGUGGACCUAAGUUCCAGGACAGCAAAAGGGAAUCCAACUUUAAAACCAAGGAAGAGACGGACGAGAAACGAGGACAAUUUACUCUAGUAGUUGGAGGUUUGUUAGUGAUUGCCUUUGUUGUUCCUAUGGCACAAUACUAUGCUUAUGUCUCCAAGAAAUAGGCCGUAUUUGCAUUGCUAAAAAUUUGAGUUCCAAAUUCUCUUGGUUUUCGGAAUACUAUGUAUUAGAUGCAGUUGUACAAAUGACAAUGUUCAACAAUUAGUUGACAAGGAACUUGAUAUCAGAAGGGAUAAAUGGGAUUUUUUGGUUAUACUAACUAAAAAUAAAAUCAUGUUGCUUUUGUGCC